AUGGCGUCCAACAUCCCUACACACCUUCCCACCGCAUCGCUCCUCGUGAGCAACAUGCACUGCCCCUCCUGCGUUGAGAGCAUUACCUCUCUCCUGGCCAGCAUCGGAGCAGUCAAGAACCUCUCUGUCUCGCUCCUGCUCCACCGCAUUACCUUUGCAAUCGACACGUCGAUCGGGUCCUCGCGCUCCCCCAUGAGUGUCGCCCGCGUUGUCGAGCAGGUCAAGCACAUGCUCAAGAGCGAGGGCGGCUUCGAGGUGACCGACGAGUCUGGCGAGCCCGAGCCCAACUUCCUCGACCGCUUCCGACAGCGUAAAAGUAAGGCCUCCAAAAUUGCAGAGGAGCGCCGCCGCCGCCACCUCGAACUCUGCGAGAUCUGCCGCGCCGAGCAGGCUGCACUCGACCGCGGCGAACCACCUACUCUUCCCGCCCCGCCGCCCCCCAACCAGGUGCUGCUCACGACCCUCAGUAUCGAGGGUAUGACCUGCGCGUCUUGCACAACGAGCAUUACCAAGGCGCUUGAGGGGGAGCCGUCCAUCAUUUCGGUCGAUAUCAACCUCCUCUCCUCGUCCGGUACGAUCCGACACAAGGCCACCCUCGCCCCAGCCGAGGUCGCCGAGCUCGUAGAUGACGUCGGCUUUGAGGCUGAGGUCAUCGAGAGCCUGCCCGAGGCACCUGAGCCUGUCGACAACCUCGUGAAAACAACCCUCAGUAUCGAGGGAAUGACUUGCGCGUCAUGCAGUGGUGCGAUCGACCGCGCCGUCCGCCAGAACCCCGAAAUCACUGACGUCGCGAUCGACGUACUCCUCAACAAGGGCGUGUUUACCCACAAGUCUGCGCUCACGCCGGGAGCGCUCAAGGAUAUAGUUGAGGACGUGGGAUACGACGCCGAGAUCGUCUCCUCCGUCGCGUUGGAGGCCAAGGGCGUUCCCGGCUCACGUACAGUCACCAUCGGGGUCCAGGGCACGUUCUGCAACCAGUGUGUAGACAAGAUCAACGCUGCGCUCGGCGACAUGCCCCUCCUCUCCUACACGCCUGUUACUCUUCAUGCGCCCGUCACUACCCUCAGCUAUAUUCCUCGCGAACCCCUUACGAUCCGCGACAUUCUGAGUCAACUCACAGCCCUCGCCCCCGAAUUUGACGCCGAAGUCGUGCGUCAACAGAGCCUAAGCGAGCGCUCGCAGGAGAUCCAGCGGCGUGAAGUCAAACUUCUCGCCGCCCACCUUGUCGUCGCGGUCCUCUUCGCCAUCCCGACAUUCAUCAUCGCCAUUGUAUCCAUGGUCCUCCUCAAGGCCGACCAUCCCUUCCGCCGCUUCUGGGACCAGCCAGUCUGGGGCGGAGCGAACCUCGGAACAGUUGUUCAGUGGCCCCUCGCUACAAUCGUGCAGUUCGGCGUCGGAUGGAUCUUCUACAAGCGCACCUUCAACGCUCUCUGGCCACACCUCCGCGCCCUCAUUCCCCCCGCCCUCCGCACUAAGAGUAUGCGCCGCCUCCCCUCCCGGCCCGUGACUUGGCGCUCCCUCUUCUCCUACGGCAGCAUGGACCUGCUCGUCACCCUCUCCACCACCGUCUCGUACUUUGCCUCUAUUGCCAUGAUGGCUCUAGACGUCCGUGCCGGUCCGGGAAGUAUGAGCGUGGGAACUUACUACGACUCGUCGGUGUUUUUGAUCAUGUUCAUCCUCCUCGGCCGCACGAUCGAAUCCUACGCCAAGAGCCGCACCACCGACGCCGUCGCGCUCCUUGGCAACCUGCGCCCCGCGACCGCGCUCCUCGUGGACACCUCGGACUCUGAGAAACUCAGCACAACUUCCUCUGAAGACUCAGGACCCCACGAGAUUCCAAUCGACCACGUAGAGUACGGCGACGUCAUCCUGAUCCAGCCCGGCUCUCUUCCUCCCACUGACGGCGUGGUCGUGUUCGGCACCUCCAAGUUUGACGAAUCAAGCCUGACCGGCGAGUCUCUUCCAGUCACCAAGAACCCCGGCGACGAAGUGUACACGGGUACGACAAACCAGACCUCAGCCAUCCAGGUACGCGUGACUGGCCUCGCCUCCGAAACUAUGCUCGAACGCAUCAUCAAGGCUGUCUCCGAUGCUUCGGGACGUAAAGCGCCACUCGAGAAGGCGGCUGAGCGGAUUACCGGCGUCUUUGUCCCCCUCAUCGUUUACUUUGCCAUCGGCGUUCUCGCUUUCUGGCUUGGAAUGGUAUACGGUGGCCACAUCGCGCCUCACCACUACCACGGGCCUGGUGGGCGCGCCUUCUUCGCACUCGAAUUCGCCAUCGCCGUUCUCGUCGUCGCUUGUCCUUGUGGAAUUGGAUUGGCCGUACCAUGCGCCAACGCUGUCGGUAAUGGGCUCGCUGCCGCCGCUGGAAUUCUGGCUAGCGGAGGAGGCGAGGCGUUCACAGCUGCCACGGCUGUCACGACCAUCGCAUUCGACAAGACGGGCACCCUGACCGCCGGCAAGAGUGCCGUGACCGACGAGCACAUCCCAACCACCUCUCUCGACAUGGAACUCGUCAAGCGCGCGCUGCGCGAUAUCGAGGCACAGAGCACGCAUCCUCUGGCUGUGGGACUAGUCGAGUACCUCUCCUCCUCGUUGUCAUCGUCCUCUCUCGAAAUUGUGGAGAGUGCCGAGAUUGCCGGCCGUGGUCUGCGGGCUACAGUGUCGGGCGAACGCACCCUCGAGCUCCUUGUCGGCAACGCCGCCCUCCUCGCCGAGAACGGGGUCGAGUUGAGCGCAUCUGAGCUGGAGAUGCUGGCCAAGUGGUCGGCCGACGCCAAGAGCGUCGUCCUCUGCGCCGCGCGCCCAGCUGGCGCUGGUAACCCCUUCGUCCUGGCGGGGAUGUAUGCUCUGGCCGACGCUCCGCGCGAGACCACGCCGGCCGUCCUCGCUCUCCUCAGGGAGAGGGGAUACAAGGUGGUCAUGUUGAGCGGUGAUAACGAGGUGACGGCCCGCGCGGUCGGCCGGUUGGUUGGCAUCGACGCAGCUGACGUCCACGCUGGCGUAGGGCCAGAGGGCAAGGCGGCGGCGAUUAACGGUAUGCAAGUCCGCCGCACCGUCCCGCGAUUCCUCGGCCUCUUCGGCACCAAAGAAGUCCAGGAACGCGUCAUGUUCGUCGGCGACGGUCUGAACGACGCCGUAGCCCUCGCAGCUGCCGACGUGAGCGCCGCCAUGGGACACGGGAGCCAGGCCACGCUCGCUUCGGCCGAUUUCGUCCUCCUCCGCUCCGACCUCGCGGCCCUUCCGAAACUGCUCAAGCUGAGCCGCAAAGUCCGCAACAGGCAGUGGUUCAACCUCUUCUGGGCCAUGGUGUUUAAUACUACCUUCUUGCCUAUUGCCGCCGGCGUCCUCUUCCCCGUUGGCUUUACUUUGUCGCCUGUUUGGAGCGCAGUGCUCAUGGCUUGUAGUAGUAUUAGUGUUGUGCUGUCUAGUCUUGCGCUGCGGUGGGGUUUGUAG